AUGGGAGCUUUUAUCGCCAAGAUGCUUCUACCGACCAUCAGCAGUCUGGUGUUUUUACCUACUGCCAGUGUGGCUGCCAAGCGAGGCUUCCAUAUGGAGGCCAUGGUCUACUUCUUCACCAUGUUCUUCACGGCGAUAUAUCAUGCGUGUGAUGGACCUGGCCUAUCCAUUCUCUGUUUUAUGAAGUAUGAGAUUCUGGAAUACUUCACCGUAUAUGGCACGGCUAUUUCUAUGUGGGUCACACUUUUAGCACUGGGAGAUUUUGAUGAGCCCAAACGUUCAACCCUUACCAUGUUUGGGGUACUUACGACAGCAGUGCGGAUUUAUCAGGACCGCUGGGGUUACGGAAUAUACUCAGGUCCUAUUGGAACAGCUGUACUGAUGAUCACUGUCAAAUGGCUGCAAAAAAUGAAGGAAAAGAAGGGACUGUAUCCAGACAAAAGUGUCUACACACAACAAGUGGGACCCGGGUGCUGCUUUGGCGCCCUUGCAUUGAUGCUGCGCUUCUACUUUGAGGAAUGGGACUACGCCUAUGUACACAGUUUUUAUCACCUGUCUCUGGCUGUAUCUUUCGUGCUGCUGUUACCAAAGAGGAACCGUUUUGCAGGGACAGGACGCAAUCCUGCCAAGCUCAACUGUUACACCCUCUGCUGCUGUGUAUGA